AUGGGUUCACUCUGGUGGGCUUGCUUUCUGGCUUGCCUCUGCCUUCCACUAAGCCAUGUCCAUGCUCAAGCGCCAGCAGCCUCACCUUCUAUUUUGCCCAUAACAGCAACACCAUCUCCUAAAGUUCCACCAUCUUCAAGCCCUGCCAUUCUAACCCCUCAAAUCCCACCACCACAACCGCCGCAAUCUCCUCCAAUCUCUAGCCCUUCACAGCCACCGGCUUUGCCAUCACCACAGGUAUCCCCAGCACCCGCCCAAGCACCGCCAGCACCAGUGCCGGCACUGGCACCAGCACCAGCACCAGCUAUUGCGUCACCAACCCCGGCACAAGCACCAGCUAUUGUAUCACCAACCCCAGCACCAGUACUAGUACCCUCACCUGCACCAGCUCCUGGAAAGCACAAAAAGAAAAAGAAGCAUAAGCACAAGAGACAUCAUGCACCGGCACCGGCACCUACUGUUGUCCAAAGUCCCCCAUCACCCCCUACAGUUUCAGACUCAGGAACAACACAAGCACCAUCACCAACUCUAAAUUUGAGUGGAGGAAUUGCACUUCAGCAGAAAGGACAGCUAUCUAGAACAUGGUUGAGGAUUGCAGUGGCCGUUGCAGUUCUGCUUGCCGUCAAGGGCUAGAAUUUUGAGAAUCUUAUUUGAUGAGCGAUGGCCAUAGCUAUUACAGAGGGAAUAUUGUCAACAAAAAAUAUUGAUUAUCCUUUUACAUUUUUAUUAAAAAAUAUUGAUUAUCAUA